GAUAGGUCUCUGAGCAUCAGGGCAGGUCCGGCCAUUUCACGUGAAUCAUCCUCAGCUGCGGCUGUUGCUUCCCAACGGCACACAGACAUCAGGAAAACUUAGGAAGGUUGAAAGAACCAACUCAGAUUUUCAGCUUUCAGAUUUUCCUGUGCGCUGUGUAGCAUCCAGUGGGAUUGGUAUGCCCUGGGCCAGACCACCUGUGGACCUUCAUGCUGGUGCAGCAGAGGCCAUGGAUCAAUACAACACAGAUGACCACCACUAUGAGGGCUCCCUCUUCCCAACCUCCACCCUUAUCCCCGUCACAGUCAUCUGCAUCCUUAUCUUCAUCAUUGGGGUGACAGGCAACACCAUGACCAUCCUCAUCAUCCAGCAUUUCAAGGACAUGAAGACUACCACCAACCUGUACCUGUCCAGCAUGGCUGUGUCUGACCUUAUUAUCUUCCUCUGUCUGCCCUUUGACCUCUACCGCCUGUGGAAGUAUGUCCCCUGGGUUUUUGGGGAGGCGGUGUGUCGCCUCUACCACUACAUCUUUGAGGGUUGCACCUCGGCCACCAUCCUUCACAUCACUGCCCUGAGCAUCGAGCGCUACCUGGCAAUUAGCUUCCCACUCAGGAGCAAGGUCAUGGUGACCCGGCGCCGUGUCCAGUACAUCAUCCUGGCCCUGUGGGGCUUUGCCCUGGUCUCUGCAGCUCCUACGCUCUUCCUGGUGGGGGUGGAGUACGACAACGAGACCCACCCUGACUACGACACCGGUCAGUGCAAGCAUACUAGCUACGCCAUCAGCUCUGGACAGCUGCACAUCAUGCUGUGGGUGUCCACCACCUACUUCUUCUGCCCAAUGCUCUGUCUCGUCUUUCUUUACGGCUCCAUCGGGUGUAAACUGUGGAAAAGCAAGAACGACAUGCAGGGGCCCUGCACUCUGGCCCGAGAGAGAUCCCACAGACAAACAGUGAAGAUCCUAGUGGUGGUGGUGCUGGCCUUCAUCAUCUGCUGGCUGCCUUACCACAUCGGCAGAAACCUCUUCGCCCAGGUAGACGACUACGAGACGGCCAUGCUGAGCCAGAACUUCAACAUGGCUUCCAUGGUGCUCUGCUACCUCAGUGCCUCCAUCAACCCCGUUGUCUAUAACCUCAUGUCCCGGAAGUACAGAGCUGCAGCCAAGCGCCUCUUCCUGCUGCACCAGAGGCCCAGGCAGGCCAGCCGCAGCCACAGACAGCUCUGUAUGAUCGAUCACAUCUCCACACUGAAUGAAAGCCUCACUGGAGUCUGAUAACAUGCUUGGUUUCACCACCUUUAACAGGGAGUUUAUAGCUCCUUUUAAAGGUUUAGGGCUUAAAGUAAAAUGAGGUUCUUUCUGAGGAUGUGCAGGAGACAUAUAUAAUCUUUAAGAGGGCUCUUCAAUGCAAAAAAUAUGCUAUUUCUUUUUUGUUUAUUAUGACUGCCUUUGAUGAUAAUAUAGUCCUUGACAUAACUGCAUGGAUUCAGUGUUCAGUACUAUACACCUCCAGCAGGAGUAUGUACAUUUUGUUAACAUCUAUAAAUUCAGCUCAGUUAUCUCUGAUGUUUUUGGACAGACAUGUAUGACUGUUGUCUUUUCUAACUAUUCACCAGCCACAUGUUGGUGUAUAACUCAGUUUUAUGUAAUGUACAGUGAGUCAGGUUUAAUGGUAUAAUAUUCCACAUUUUCAUAUCUCAUCAUGUUUAACCACACAUUUUAAUGUAUGUUUAGGAGCACAACUAUAGGCUGCCAAGUCAUUUGGGUUAAAUUUGAACCUUUGCACACUGAAGCUUUCACCAAUUAUUUACAAAUUCCUCAUAUUCCAAUAUCUUAAAUGGAAUUAUCCUAUUAAGUUUGUCAACUUUAAUCUUGUAGAGCUGCUACAGAUUGUCAGUUACGUUUAGGACGGGACUUCCUGUUGCACUGUAACACAUGCAAAUAUAUGCCUUGAUCCAAAAUGUUGUGUUGUAACUGUAGUUGUAUCUUUGGGGUUGUUUUCCUGUUGCUGGAAGUCUUAAGACUUCCGCAGUAGAGAUUUUCAUUCUGUGUUUAGUUCCAUCCCAAAAGCAUAAUACAGCCACUGUCGUGUUCAAUCAUGGGCUUUUUGUAUUUAAACCGUUAUAUAGGGCAAGUUUACAUUUUUGAUCACUUACAAAUGGAGUCCCCCCCGUCCCUGAUGAGGUCUAGAAGCACAAGGUCUAUAUCCAGCCAUUCAGCAAAGAUACUGCUACAUG